CGUCAGUGGAUCAUUGUUUUGAUUUGGUGUUGACUUUAUUUCGAUCGAACUCGCAUUUCAUCACUCGUCGCAUCCCACGAAAAACCUUCCAAUCUAAUCGAUGGCUAACACAUUUGGCGAUGCAAACCACGGAACCAAUACCAUCGGUUUGAACCAAGGCGGCCCACAUGGAUUGGGAGACCCCAACGACAGACGUCUUCGGAAGGUCGAAAUCGAGGUCCUCAUCCCGAAGAUUAUGCGUGAACGAGCCAAAACAGAAAAGUGCGUAGAGGAAGUGCGACAGUUCGAGGUAUGCUGCAAAGAUACCGGCAUUUUAAUGACGAUAAAGUGCCAAACAGAAAACAAAGCACUUAAAGCCUGCUCGCUGAAAUGGUAUAACGACGAACAGUUUAAAGCGGAAUGUCGCGAGAUAUAUCUGGAGGAGCGAGCAGAGUACAGGAGAACUGGCUUACCUAAGAAGUUUCGAAAUUUGGACCUGUAGUAAACGGCAAUCUAAGAAGAGUUUAGAUUUGUUACGGAUCAAUAGAGUUUAAAGUUUA